AUGGAAAGUAUAUCUGCCUACAAAAGCGGUGCUAUUGUGGAGCAUGCUGAUAUAUGGGAUGACGUUAAUUGUUUGUGGGGAUACAUUUAUGAAGACCGAAAAGCUGAGAAGUGCUCUAUACAAUUCCAUUCUUUAUUACAACGAGCUCAGCGGACAAAAGAUCCUCGACUGGUGAAAUGCCUAAUGUCACUAAAUGCAGCAAUGAAGAGUACCGACAAUGAGCGAAAACUUUUACUGCGAACGUCCAAAGUAGGCCAAAAAUUAUACCUACCGAUAAAUAUCCAUAAUGCAACACCAAUUCCUCAAAACCCAGAGUCAAAUUGUGUUUCCCUAGGAGCAGCAAACAAUUUAAGCUUGAAAUAUCGAUUUCUCAAAACUUUAACUGCCGAUCCCAAUUACGAUGCUAUACAACAGUCACCAGAUAUUCCAGAUUGCUCUUUAGUGGCGUCACUUAUUAACAUUAGAAAGUCAUCAAUUAACCUACCCCCAAUUGAACUACUUCCAACUAUGCACUAUAACAUUAACUUACAUUUCAACGGAUCUGACGAGAGGUUGGUUUCUGUUGAUCCGAAAAACAUACCAACAACUGAGGACAGUUCCCAAUUAUCUUUAAGGAGUUCAAAUAUUGAGGAUAAAAUUGUGGAAUUAGCGUAUUUACAAGUCAUAGGUGGAACAUAUAUGGCAGAGGGUUCAAAUGCUGCGAUUGAUACCUUCAGAAUUACUGGUUUUCUACCAGAAGUGGUUGUUAGCACUAAAUAUGACUUCAAAACACUAAAGAAUUUCUUUAACAGUGGGUCUUGCCUGAUGGCAGUUGGCACUGGCAAAGAAUCUGGGGCAUUACGUGACACGUUGCUGGCCAACCAUGACUACUGUAUUGAAUACAUUGAUACAGAUAACAAAGAAAUUUCAUUACUAGAUCCGUUGGAUUCAGAACUCCGCAUCAAAAUAUCUGCAGAUGACUUUCGAAGGAAAAUCCAACAGGUGUACAUUAACUGGGACUAUCACCAACUUUUUGCCCACAGACAAUCGUUCACCUUUUUUUACGAUUCGGCUCAGUGCAAUAAGUUUAGUAGCAAUAUCGACAAACCGCUGUUUGAAGUGGUCAAUACUUCGACUGGGCGUGAAUCUGUUUGGAUAUUACUUGAAACGCAUAUAAGUGAGAGCAAAGAGGCCCGCACCCAAGAUAUUGCCUACUUGACGAAUUAUUUUGAUAGUGAUAUUUUCAAAAAAAUAUACAUACCUGAAGGUUCAGCAGCGGACCUCGGAUUGCAUUUGCUCAAACUUGAAUUAAAACCUCUUGAAAAGUAUAAAUUGCUAUGCUAUUCUAGCAGUUCGCAUUAUUUCACCAUCCAUUUGCAUUCCAUUUUACCAAAUAUCAAAUUUACAAGAGCAUCACAAAGACGUAAUGCAGCUUCUGUCCAUUUUGAGGAAGAGAUAUCAAGCUUGAAUACGACAUACGCCUCUCCUUACUAUUUCACCAAUCCAGCAUUUAAGCUGAAAAUUGAAAAUCCAAAGGGAACAAAAGCCCCACUUAAUGUGGAUCUACAACUGCUUUCUGAGAUGAAACACCUUCCAUUGAACCUCCAGAUAUUUGAAUAUUCUGAUUGGCGGCUACAGAAACCCAUCUUGUUUGACAACUAUUACGACCCUCAGCAUUAUAACAGGUUUGGACUCCCGCUGAAUACAAGCAUCGAUUACGUAGUGGUGUGUUCGUGCCAGAGUGACCUUGUUUCUCACGAGUCCUUUAAAUUGGUGGCUUCUACCAGCUCGAGCAAAGAAGAAUGUACGAUGACAUUGGAACAGGUUUCGUUGAAAUAUGGCGGACUCCUACACCAACAGUCGAUGAAUAUUCUAUUUGAGCAAGGGAGAACAAGAGUAAAAGUAUCUUUAGCAUGUGACCAUAACAAUGAGUACUUAAUUCGUGUGAUACCUGACCCUGGAACCUCCGUCGGUGUCGCGUGUAGUAUUUUUGAGGAAAAAACACACUCGGAGAUAUACCACGACAAACAGUUUUACGAUAAAGGUAUACUCAUCCCUCAUUUACGCAUCGACCAGACGCAUUCACCGGUGCUUCUCUUGGAACUGGAGGAUAUUCCGCUAACAGAGGCGAAAUUUUCCAUAUUUGUUGGUUCCCGGUGGAAGGUUACGUUGUCUCCUCAUCCGUAA